CAUCAUGCACCGUUUGUCUACAUUUCUGCUUUUCAAUGUUCUAGCAUGUCUUGGACAAAAUGUUCAGGGGAGUUACAUCAUACAUGGGAAAAAAGCCCCAGCCAACUCGAUGCAGUAUAUGGUCUCAUUGCAAAACAAAUGGGGUCAUCAUGUGUGUGGAGGAUUUAUGGUCAGGGGGGACAUUGUGGUCACUGCUGCACACUGUGCUGAAGAAAGACCUGUGCGUGUUGUUCUGGGAACCCACAAGCUAUCGGAGAGUUACAUGAGCCUGGAUAUUGAAUACUUCUGCAAAUUCCCGACUUAUAAAUCUGUUGGAUUUGGUGCUGACAUCAUGCUCCUUAAAUUGUCCGGAGAAGUUACGCUAAGCAACAGGGUGAAAAUAAUUCCCCUUCCAACGUCUUCCAAUGCAAACCUUAGAGACGGUCAGAUCUGCUCUGUAGCUGGAUGGGGUCAAAAUGGAACCCACCAUCCUAUUGUGGAUGACCUGAGAGUGGUGAAUGUGUCGAUCUUAGAUCCACAACUCUGUCGGGAGAAAUGGGGUGGCCUACCUCCCAAUGUGAUCUGUGCUGGUGGAUACAACACAGACAAAGGAUUUUGUCAGGGUGAUUCCGGUGGUCCACUGGUGUGCAAAGGGGUAGCUGUUGGUGUCGUGUCAUUCAACAGAAAUUUCUACUGCACCUACCCAGAUGUACCCAACGUCUACACAGACAUAUCCAAAUAUCUUCUGUGGAUCAACAACAUUAUGAAUACGAAGAAAUGUGUGUAGCAAACUUUUUUACAGAAGGUCUUCCUGCUCAGGCAGUUCAUCUCAUUUCAAUGCCUCUGUCAGCUUCUGGCAUUCAACAAAUUUGUUAAAUAAAGCCAAAUGCAAUCAAAAUGACGCUCUUUUUUUAUUUAUCAAAAGAAACGUAUAUAUGUAUUGAGAGAAAUAUACAUAGUAUAUUUAGUAACGUCCUCUUCUUUGAGCUUCUCACGGGUGAAAAAGGUCCUCAUCUAUUAAGGGUUAGUUCAACCAGUCUAGAGGAAACUCCUAUCAGAUGGUUAUAUUCAGCACCUCCUUCUUUUGGUCAUGACUCCUAUGUCAUACCUAUGGACUACAUGUUCUAGUACAGCUCUGUUGAAACCCACUAAAUUUUUUUGAUCACUUUGCAGAAAUGUACAGACCUACCUAGUGUUUAAACAGUGUGCAAAAUUUCUAUAUUGUAAAUAACUUUCCUUCUUUCCCCCCCCAAUUAUUUCAAAAAUAUAUAAUUUUUUAAAUAUUUUAUUGGCUCUAGUGUCCUUCAUUUGAGAGUGGU